AUGACCAAUGUAAGGGGAACGGAUAAGAUUGGGGCGAUUAAUUUGAAUGACUUCGGCAAAACAGCUGAGCCAAAUGGCGACAUUUAUGCAGAAAUACAAUUCAAGAAUUUAACGAGUCUAAGAUUCCUUCAUGUGGUGUGGGCACAGCUCAGUGGAAAUUUUAAGGAUUCAAUGGAGAGGUUAAGAUGGCUUCGAUGGCAAUAUUGUCCUAUGAAUUUUGAAGUAAAAAAUUUUCGCAUAAAUGAAUUAGCUGUACUCGAAUUGUCAGGAGCCGUGAUAAAUGAGAAAUGGGAAGGAUGGAGUUCUUUCAUGCUGGCAGAGAAGCUCAAAUAUCUUGACCUCUCGUUUUGUGAAUUCUUGGAAAAUACGAUCUUCCUCUCCGCUUUUAAGCAUUUGGAGGUUCUCAUCCUCUCUUUUUGUCCGAGACUGCAGCAGAUCGACUCUUCAAUUGGAGACGUGAAGGCCCUCCUUCGCUUGGAUUUGAACAUGUGUGGGUCCCUUAGGGAGCUUCCAGCAGAAAUAGAGUCUCUGGAGAAUCUAGAGAUUCUCGACAUAUCUGCAACCGAUAUAGGACAAUUACCCAAGGGUAUUGGGGGGCUGAGAAAGCUUCGAGAGUUACGCGCUUUGGAUUGCGGAAAUCUGAAAGGGGAAAUGCCGGAAAGCAUGGGGUCUUUGGAGAAUCUAGAGAUUCUAGAUAUUUCUAGGAGUGGUAUAGAAGAAUUACCCAAGGGUAUAUGGAGGCUGAGAAAGCUCCAAGAGUUACAUGCUUUAUGUUGCUACAAUCCGAAAAGGGAAUCAUCGGAAAGCAUACGCAAUCUGUCUUCCCUACGCUGCCUUGAUAUUUCUGACUGCCAUAAGCUCCAAUCGCUGCCGGAUCUUCCUUCCAGCUUAACAUAUUUGGGCGUCACUUGUCAAAGUCGCAAAUUGCCUUCACUUUCCCACCUAACCCAUCUCAAGGAACUAGACGUUUGGGGCUGCAAAUUUCUCGAGUGCAUCCAGGUGCUUCCGUCAACACUAGUAGAGAACUCGGAAUGCUCCCAACCGAGGGAUGUUGAAGAAUCAGAAUUACCACAAUCCCUAAACACCCCCUUCAAGUUGGAACAUUUGGGAGUCAAUGCGUGUCGAUCUAUUAAAACGCUGGACGUUUCACAGUUUAUCCAUCUAAGGACAUUAUAUGCCAGUCAAUGCGAUAGUCUUCUUGAAGUUCGAGGUCUUGACAAAUCGAUAUAUUUGGAAAGCUUGAUUGUCCCGUGGUGCGGUUCAAUUGAGAGGUUGUUCCUUCCAAAAUCCAAGAGCCUGAAGAAAUUAGAUGCUGGAUGGUGCAUGAAAUUAGCCGAAAUCCAAGGCCUCGAUAGGUUGGAAUUUUUGGAAAGCCUGGAUAUCUCUUGGUGCACUUCCAUUGAAAGGCUAGACCUUCCCAAAUCCGGGAGGCUGAAGAUAUUAAAAGCUUAUUGCUGCGAAAACUUAGCCGAAAUUCAAGGCCUCGAUAGGUUGGAGUUUUUGGAAAGCUUGGAUAUCUCUUGGUGCGAUUCCAUUAAAAGGCUAGACCUUCCAAAAUCCGGGAGGCUGAAGAUAUUUAAAGCUGAUGGCUGCAAAAACUUAGCCGAAAUUCAAGGCCUCGAUAGGUUGGAGUUUUUGGAAAGCCUUGAUAUCUCUUGGUGCACUUCCAUUGAAAGGCUAGACCUUCCAAAAUCAGGGAGGCUGAAGAUAUUAAAAGCUGAUGACUGCAAAAACUUAGCCGAAAUUCAAGGUCUCGAUAGGUUGGAGUUUUUGGAAGAACUGAGGAUCUUUAGAUGCAAGUCACUCAAAACAAUUCCAGAGUUACUGAGGAUCUUUGAAUGCAAGUCACUCAAAACAAUUCCAGAGUUAUCUGGAACGCAAAUUUAUCAAGAUUACGAGGAAUCAGACGAUACGGACAACUCGUAUGAGUCAAUACAAUGGAAAUGAUCCCCAUUUUCUAACGAAGGUACAUAAAGCAGGUAAGUUACCUUUGCUCUUUUGAGAUCUACGGCCCAAUUUUUGUUUGUAUUUCCUGCUUGCAAUAUCUUUCAAGAUUUAUGAUCUUGUCAUUUGUUAUUUCCUGGUUGACAGUGUCAUGAUUGUAUCCUUACUUGGAUUCAAGGUAUCCGGGGGAG